AUGACGAUGGAGAUGUCCGGAGAUCUUCCAAGGGAUUUGGUAGUUGAGGAGAUACUGACUCGUGUUCCGGCUACUGAUGAUCUGAUAGAAAUGGGAACUACUUGUAAACUAUGGAACCAUAUGUUUACCCGUGACGGGAGAUUCGCUAGAAAGCACACUGACAAAGCCGCAAAGCAGUUUCUGGUUCUCUUGCUGAGGAGGGAGUCGACGAUCAGUCGGACAAUCGUCGAUCUCGACGGAAAAGUUGCAUCUUUAGAGGUGAAAGCUGAGGUUAGCCUAGUAGAUCCGAAGUAUCCUGCUGAUCAAUUCGAUAUAAAGAGAGUCUUUCACUGUGACGGCCUCUUGUUAUGCACCUCCUUCGACGAAUCUAGAUUUGUGGUCUGGAACCCAUUUACUGGUGAGACCAGGUGGUUCCUUCCCAGCUAUCGUUACAUUAAAGACCGCCAUUUUGCUCUCGGAUACUACAAAGAAGGCAACCAUAAGAGCUACAAAGUGUUGAGCUUUUAUCCGUAUUCGAAAGAUUUCGAAAUGUACGAGUUCGGCUCUGAUUCGUGGAGGGUUGUUGAUGAUAUCAUGGCUCCUGGCUGGAAACUUGGAUACUGUAGUGUCGACGUGUCUUUGAAGGGAAGCACCUACUGGUUCGCUGAAGAUAAAACGAAAACGCAAUCCAUCGUGUCCUUGGUCAAGUUUGAUUACUCAACAGAGAAAUGUGUGCCUGUGCCUCUUCCCUAUCAGCGUAGUCGUUAUGAUGUUAUAGGUCUUUCCGUUGUUAAAGACGAGAAACUCUCGGUCUUGUUACAGCUCGAAUAUACAUCCAAGACCGAGAUAUGGGUGACAAGUAAGAUUGGUGAGACCAACAAAGGUGUGUCGUGGAGCAAGGUCUUAGCAUUCGAUAUGACGCCUGAUUUUCGACUUUGUUACGAGGCAAGGUUCUUGCUCGACGACGAGAAGAAAGUCGUCAUGAUUGCUGUGAAUUGGGUUGACUUUGAAGACGAGACCAAGGCCAGAGACAUGGUAUACAUUAUUGGGGAGGACAAUGAAGCCACACUAGUGGAUGUUGGACCAUCGAUAGAGGAUGAGUUUCGGGCAGAUAUUUUUAAUUAUUGUCCGAGUUUGGUUCAAAUCCAGCGAGCUGGAGGCAAAAGGAAAAGAGCUGACAUGUAA